CCAGUUCCUUAAAGCCACCCAGAAAGUGAGUGAGAAGGUUGGAGGAGCCGAAGGGACCAAGCUAGAUGAUGACUUCAAGGAGAUGGAGAGGAAAGUGGAUGUCACCAGCCGGGCCGUGAUGGAAAUAAUGACUAAAACAAUUGAAUACCUUCAGCCUAACCCAGCUUCCCGAGCUAAGCUCAGCAUGAUCAACACCAUGUCAAAAAUCCGUGGCCAGGAGAAGGGGCCAGGCUACCCUCAGGCGGAGGCUCUGCUUGCAGAGGCCAUGCUCAAGUUUGGGAGAGAGCUUGGAGAUGACUGCAACUUUGGCCCAGCACUUGGUGAGGUAGGCGAGGCUAUGCGGGAACUUUCGGAGGUGAAAGACUCUUUGGACAUGGAAGUGAAGCAGAACUUCAUUGACCCCCUUCAGAAUCUUCACGACAAAGAUCUGAGGGAAAUUCAGCAUCAUCUGAAGAAAUUGGAAGGUCGUCGCCUGGACUUUGACUAUAAGAAGAAACGGCAAGGCAAGAUUCCGGAUGAAGAGCUCCGUCAGGCCUUGGAGAAAUUCGAUGAGUCCAAAGAGAUUGCUGAGUCAAGCAUGUUCAACCUCUUGGAGAUGGAUAUCGAACAGGUGAGCCAGCUCUCUGCACUGGUGCAAGCCCAGCUGGAGUACCACAAGCAGGCAGUCCAGAUCCUCCAGCAAGUCACUGUCAGACUGGAAGAAAGAAUAAGACAAGCUUCAUCUCAGCCUAGGAGAGAGUACCAGCCUAAACCCCGAAUGAGCCUGGAGUUUCCCACUGGAGACAGUACUCAACCCAAUGGGGGUCUCUCCCACACGGGCACCCCUAAACCAGCAGGUGCCCCCAUGGAUCAGCCCUGCUGCCGAGCUCUGUACGACUUUGAACCUGAGAAUGAAGGGGAAUUGGGUUUUAAGGAGGGUGAUAUCAUCACACUCACUAAUCAGAUCGAUGAAAACUGGUAUGAAGGGAUGCUUCAUGGCCAGUCGGGCUUUUUCCCCAUCAAUUACGUGGAAAUCCUGGUUGCUCUGCCCCAUUAGGGAGUUCCGUGGUUGGCUCUCCUCCUCUUGACCCAGGUAGUUACGUUUAACCACUGCUUUGGUAACGCUGCUUACAACACAUCUCAAGUGCAGGCUGCAGUGGUCCGAGUCAUCAAGCCUCGCCAGGGUCCUGGUUGACUUGUGUACUCCCACAAGAGGCAUGGUGAUGGAUGGUAUCUUCCUAGCCUGGUGGGCAUGGCAUGUGCUUUUUCCAAUGCCACCUGAGACCAGCUAGUAGUCUGUUUACAGUUUACACAGUUCUCAGGAGGCUGUGGUUUCCUUAGAAUAUGACCAUGAGCCACAUCACAGCAAAACUAUCCUACCGAAGAUAUUGUCUAUCACCCAGGAGCUGUCCCAAGGCCUCGAGUUCUCCAUUUAAAGAGGGGAAAGGUCUUGCUUUCACAUCUUCCCUUCCCGAGUAAGUAUGUGAGUCACAGAGUAGUCGAAGAAAGCCUCUCACCAGCAAAUUGUCUUCUGGUCUGAACGAGAAGUAUUCAUUGUGGGUUCACAACAUUCUCUGAGAACAGCCAGCUUGUUCCUCCCACUUCUGCUUAUUUUUGUGGUACGGCCAUGUUUCUGCCCAAACCUGUGUAUUGAAGUCAGAGAGCAUCUUUCCAUUUACUUUUCAGUAAGACAGCAUACUGUGGGAGGGACUGAAAAGAGAGGACCUGGGAAGAGAACUGAUUUCCAAGCUUACAUUUCUUGCUGUACAGAAACCAUGUAUAUAUAUCUAGGCCACGUCUGAAGGGCACAGGGAAGGGGGAACAACUAUCUUCACUUUGGUUUUAUUUAUGAAUCACGUGUGUUAUGAAUCCAUUUGGCACAGAGAUGUAAGAAGAGUACUAGUAACAUUCCCCACCACUCCACAGACAGUCCGUGUCUCCUUCCCGACUUGACCUCGUGUUCUUUGAACAGCAUUUGUGUGUAUUCUGCCCUCAAUGAGGACCAAAUAAGGAUGGUUUUUGUGCUUAGCAGUUUAAGGUAUGUAGCUGCAUAUGCAAAACUCUUUCCCAGUUGAGUCAUGACUUUUACAUUUGUCCUUCCUCUUCCACGCCCAUUUCGUAUACAAUGGUGUGUGUAAGCUUUCAGUGUUUUUCCCCUGUAUCAGCCAUGAAAGUCCUGUUAGGUAUCCAGAGUUCUAUUUAUCUAGCUGUACAGACUCUUUCAGAGGUUUAAAUGUGCUGCUUCUGAUGUGCCACCUGCCGGUAGUGGAUCACGUGGAGUGAAAGGCAAAUCUUACUGCUUAAUGUAUAAACUCUCACCAUGGGAAGCAUCGCUGUUUCCAAUAAAUACUGCUGAAGACAGAA